CCACGGCAUUGUUCACACACUUCUUCGCCUUUUGUCUCUCCUCUCCCUCACUCACAGAUAACGAAGCCAUAACUAAACGCCUCCGGAGCAAGAGCCAGGAAGUCCAGUCACUGUGAGAUAUGGCGAGAAAGUUCUUCGUCGGCGGCAACUGGAAAUGCAAUGGAACCACUGAAGAGGUGAAGAAGAUUGUGGCUAUGCUUAACGAGGGCAAAGUGCCAUCGCAGGAUGUUGUAGAGGUUGUGGUGAGCCCUCCUUUCGUGUUCCUUCCUUUGGUGAAGAGUCUGUUGAGGCCUGAUUUCCAUGUUGCUGCACAAAACUGCUGGGUUAAAAAGGGAGGUGCUUACACUGGUGAAGUUAGUGCGGAGAUGCUUGUCAAUUUGGACAUUCCCUGGGUCAUUAUUGGACAUUCUGAAAGAAGACUUAUUCUUGGUGAAUCAAAUGAGUUUGUGGGCGACAAGGUUGCAUAUGCCCUUUCUAAAGGUUUGAAGGUCAUAGCUUGUGUUGGUGAGACACUUGAACAGCGAGAAGCAGGAUCUACAGUUGAAGUGGUUGCUGCCCAAACGAAAGCAAUUGCUGAGCGGAUUACAAGUUGGGACAAUGUUGUUGUAGCCUACGAGCCUGUGUGGGCAAUUGGAACUGGAAAGGUCGCAACUCCAGCUCAAGCUCAGGAGGUCCACUUUGAGCUAAGGAAAUGGCUCCAUGCAAACACCAGUCCUGAAGUUGCUGCCUCAACUCGCAUUAUAUAUGGAGGUUCUGUCAAUGGUGCCAACUGCAAGGAACUGGGAGCUCAGCCUGAUGUUGAUGGGUUUUUGGUUGGUGGUGCUUCUCUCAAGCCGGAGUUUAUUGACAUCAUCAAGGCCGCCGAGGUGAAGAAAAAUGCCUAAGCUUCUUGUGUCUGUAGUUUGUGAUGCAGUAAGAAUUUUCCUGGAGAGGCCGUGAAUCCUUUAUUACAUAGAAAUAUUUUUCGAGUUUAAUAAUUUUGGUAAUCAUAUCAGUCCCCCGGAACUGAUCCCUGUAUCAAUAAAAACCUAACUCAAGUUUCUGUACUUACUGUAAGUCUCGAAUUUUGCUUGGCUCAACUGCCUAAUUUGAAAUCAGUGUGUUACAAGCAGCAA